CAAAAUUUCCGCGCAGCCGCUGAAGAGAGAGAGAAAGGGAGAGGUCUACAUGGAAUCUAAAAAAAAGAAUAUCCCACCGAAGCCCUCCGCGGCCGCCGCCGCCGCGACUAACGCGAGAUUGGAGGCGGAAGCUCUUUCGAAACCUGGUUCGUUAUUCAAGCAUCAUUCAUGGUCUCCUGAUAUUCUCCGUGAUGAGGUCUGGUCUCGACGGAAACAGCAGCAAAAAUUGCGUGAUAGCCGCCGUUGUAAAAGCGUAUCAGAUGAAGACCUCAACGAACUUAAAGCCUGUUUCGAGUUAGGUUUCCGAUUCGAUUCGCCUGACGUAGAUCCUAAGCUAUGCGAUACUUUUCCUGCUCUGGAGAUGUUUAACACAAUCAACAAGAUGUAUAAUAGAAGUUUAUCGAUAUCUUCUUCCUCAUCGUCGACGACUGUAACGGAUUGUGGAUCUCCGUUGUCGACGGAUGCCGUGGAACCUUCUAGCACUAUAUUUGAUUCAGGAGAUGAUAAUCCGAAGAAGGUGAAAGCGAGAUUGAAGCAAUGGGCUCAGCUGGUUGCUUGUACGAUUCAUCGUAUAUAUUCUUCUUCUUCAUCAUCUUCUUCUGUAGUUCUAAUGGAUUUGAUAUUUGCUUCUUCAUCAUUUGAUUCAGCUGACUUAAUUAAUUGA